CGACCGAGCUAGUCAAUAGGAAUACACCUAUACAUUUUUGGCGGCUAAAGAGUGGACUGACGGCGCCGGCUACUAUCUGUUACAAGUUGAAGAAAAACCGAUAAAAGGUUAGUGUACAAUGUUAAAGAAGGGAGCCAAAUUUGGCUCCUUUGCCGAGCUUGAGCCAUUGCUCGAAAAGUUUGCUGAACAGCAAUGUGUCCCGUAUGGCAUAUAUUGCUCUCUCAAAGUAGAAAAAUUCUUUGAGAACAGUGGGCAUCAACUUCCUCCUGCACUUAAAUACCAGAGCUUCACAUAUGCCUGCAAGCACUAUGGCAGUCGAAGGGAGAAAGGCUUGGGUAUUCGGCCUAACCAAAGCUCCUUCAAAAUGAAGUGCCCAUCAAGAAUUAGAGUGUGUGCUGAUUUGGAUUGUAACAAACUUGAAAUCACGUGUAUAACCGCUGAGCACAAUCACAUUUGUGAUCCUGACUUGGCACCACUGUACCCGGAAGGCAGGCAGCUCACGUCCAGUGAAGCAGAAAGUGUCAUGAACCUUGUGAACAUGGAGGUGCAACCGGCCUUGUUACAGUCCAUUGUACGAACAAGCACUCAAAAAUUUACUACCCUACAAGAUCUUCGGAAUCUGAGUCGAAGGAUGACUAAAGGCAAUGACAAAGCAUCAAGCACCAACACAAAUGCUAGUGAUGUACAGAGAAUGUUGGAAGAACUUGAGGAUAUGAAGAAGAAUGAUCCUAACUCCAAACUCUGUAUUGCGGAAAAAGAGGGCAAGAUUUUGUAUAUAUUUUGGGCUUCUUCUCAAAUGCAAGCAGAUUACAAGCAAUACCCUGAAGUUGUAGGAAUGGACAACACUUACAACGACAAUAAUUCUAAAAUGCCUCUUGGCAUUUUUAUGUGCCAUGACAGAAACGGUCAUGGCAAGGUUGUUGCCUACAUCCUUCUUCGUUCUGAGAAAAAAGAAAUCUUACAUGAAGCCUUCUCUGAAUUUUCAGCUUGUUACUCAAGGAAGUAA